CUCGAUGGAACCUCUGCAUCUCCCUCCAAUCCGUCUCAUCACCGCCAUCCCCGUCCCUGCUGGGCUCUCCGGUGUGCAUCAUCGCAGCUUGCGACAACAGCGCAAACCACACAAACCAUCACCGCAUCUUUUUUGCCCGGCGAGGCAUUCGCAUAGCCGCAAUGACGCGGCCCAUCGUCUACAACAUCGCCCUGGGCGUGUUCCUCUGCACGACCGUCAUGACCAUCACUUCGAUCGUGACGCCGAACUGGAUCACGUACCAGGUCACUGCCGACAACACGGGCAAGACCUUCACCAAGAGCCUAGGCUUGCACCAGAGCUGCUCGUCCAUGGACGACCCUUCGUGUCGUUCAUUCCCCGAUGACGAUGACUGCCGAGACGACCAGUUCUUCUGCUCCAUGUGGCGCAGCAGCGGCUUCCUGCUCUCGUUUGCAACCAUUGUCGAGCUCGCCACCCUCAUCACCUUCCUCGUCGUCAUGCUUGGUGGCAAGUACAAGCGCGAGACAGGCUGGAAACUCAUCGGUAGCUUCCUCGUAGCUGAUGCUGUCAUCGAGUUCGCCGGCAUGGGCAUUGUGGCCUACCUGUUCGAUACGGACGAUCAGUUUGCGAUUCCGGGUUGGCAGCUGAGCUGGUCCUGGAUUCUAUGUGUAGUCAGUGCCAGUGCUUCAGUGCUGUUGGCCGGCACCCUCGCUCUAUCCGCCUACCUCCUUCCGUCUGAAGACGACUACGAAUAUCUCGAGGACCCGCUGGACUGUUAGACUCACUGCGUCAGAGAGCCUUGUAGCAGUGGGGCAGUGUCCAACAUGUCCGUUUCCUUGGGUUGAUGAGACACAAAUGGCAACACCUGCUGUCGACAACAUAAUAUACGUUUUUUUUUUGGACAAGGAUCUUGAUGGUAAUAGCACGGAGAGUAUUGGGUGAACAAGGAAAUGGGCAGCAUUUUGCUACUGCGUUGCUUUCGUUGGAAGUCGCGAUGUCUUCAAGCAAGCAUAGCCAAGGCCGGGAGUUGCACUGUUUUGAUUUAGCCUGGCCCUAGUAUCAGGCUUCUCGAUAAUGAUGAAAUGCGCUUGCGAUGACCGCUGGGUUUACACAGGUGUUCCAAAUGUCGGCGAU